GCAAAUCCUCCACCAAAAUACACAAACCUCAAGCAGUGGAAAUGCAAGUCACUACUGGUACAGUCGGCAUAGUAAUCCGAGCUUCAAGAAUGGAUGAAAGCAAUUCCGUUGAAUAGCGUAGGUUAAGUAAUCUGUAUUUUCUCUCUCCAUGCAUCUCAAUUCUACUUCGUGCUCACUACCAUACAAACAAAUACACAACUCCAAACCAUCAAUUGAAACCUCAAAUCAAAUCUCAAACCAAAUACCACCACAAUGGCCGUCAAAAAGAUACUCCUCCUCAACGGUCCAAAUCUCAAUCUUCUCGGAACCCGUGAACCCCACAUCUAUGGUUAUGACACCCUCGCCUCCAUCGAAUCCUCACUCACCACCUAUCUCUCCUCUCUAACACCCUCCGUCACACUUCUAUCCUUCCAAACUAAUUGGGAAGGUGCGCUCAUCGAUCGUAUCCACGAAGCACGUACUGAUGGCACCGAUGCUAUUGUUAUAAAUCCUGGUGCCUUCACACACUAUAGCAUAGCGCUGCGAGAUGCGUUGACUGGUGUUGAUAUUCCAUUUGUGGAGGUGCAUAUUAGUAAUGUGCAUAAGAGGGAGGAAUUUCGUCACAAGAGUUUUUUGAGUGAUAAGGCGGAAGCUGUUAUUUGUGGAUUGGGCGUCUAUGGGUACAGAGCAGCGGUGGAAUGGUGUGUAGGGUAUUUGAAGGAGAAGCCAAAAGCGUGAGGGGAGGGACGAUUAAAAUGUGAUGCAGAAAAGCAUCGGAUCAAGUGUAUAUCUAGAUAUGUGGAACUUCAAAUAAGAAAUAUUAAACAGCAGUAUAUUUAAUUGAUGGCAAUUGGGUGAAUGAACUUCA